GGCCCGGGUGCGGGAGGGCCGCGGCCGGGGAGAGGCCGGCGCUGCCGCAGGGACGGCGCCCGCAGCCCCCGGCCCGAGCGCUGCGCUCGGCUGCUGUCCGGCCGCGGAGCCGUGCCGCCUCACGGGCCCGGGCUCGCCGCUCGGAGCCGGUGAUGCUGGCCGUGCUGUGCGCUGGUGGUACCUGCUGCUGCUGCUGCUUCGGGGAGCAGAGCCCUGCAGAGCUUGUCCUGCUCUCUGUAAUGCCCCUUGUUCUGCUCCCUGUAAUACCUCGUACGGUACCCGAGCGGCAGCUGGGAUUUAGGAUUUCACAGGCGAUGCUGAAUUCUAAAUCUUGAUUUUUAAUUUAAAAAAAAUUGUCCGCCAUUUAUAUUUUUAAGAAGCAGCUGAAGAAAAACAUGCAGGUAGAUCACACUUUAAAAGAGACCUAAGAUGCAUUUCGUCUCAGAAAGAACAGGCGAGGUCUCGUAAUUAAAAGGACGGCAGACAUAGAAGUCUGUCUGAGAAGAAUCAGCUCCAGAAGUCAGAAUGAGGUCACCUGACAAAGGAAUUUUCAUGAUGCCUUUGGGGAAAUAGACAGGAUGUGUAGCAAGGGAGAGCUGCCUACCCGAAGUCUGCACUGAGCAAGGCGUUUCCUCCUCUAACACUUGUAUUUAAUUCUGUCAGUAGCAGAGCUAAUGAAAGAGCAGGAUGUGUGCUCUGCCAGCAGAAAGGCUGCUGCUGCUGCCAGCCUCCACCUGUCCCGGGGAUGCUGUGCUGGUGCUGCUCCUGGUAGAGCUGGUCAGUCCCCGGCAGCUGAGCAGGAAGGAAGGAGCAGACAAAGCACUGAGCUGUGCUGCUGACUGGGGACAGUUUUGCCAGAGCCCUGCCUCUCAUUAUGUUGUUGUUUCUAAUGUCUCCCGGGGUUUUCUGUUGAAGUUCUGGGGAACUAUAAAAGCAGAUUUUAAGGCUGUCGCAGGUACAUAACCUCAGUCAUUAUUUUUCCUAGAAAGCAGAGAUAGGUUAUGUUUGGGGUAGUUGGGUAUUUAGCAGGCAACUAGGGAAACAGAAUAUUAGAAAGAAGUUUUCAGGGUUUCUAAUAUCCAAUCCCUAAAUACCUGAAGUCUGCAGGAAAUGAGACAAGUCAUUUCACUGCUGUUGAGGAACUGAGAAAAUGCCCAUCUGUUAUGAUGAUUUGGGUUCUUUGUGCUUUCUGACUUGCAGACAGAUACAGUCUGUAUCAGAUACCAAUAUUCAGAUUUGCAAAGGAACAGGCUCACAUUUUUUUUCUCAGUCGAAAAUCUUUCUAGAUAUUUUGACAUCUGUGUCUCAGUGUCUUUUAAAAAGUUCGGGUUUUUACUUCACUUGUUGGAUUUAAUUAAGCAGUAAAUCAUCAACUCUUUUGUUUCUUUCCAGGUUACUUUGAUGGUAAUGAAUAAACAGAGGCUUGUUUUGUCUCUGGGAAAAUAGGGUCUGGCCUGAAUGUUUGAAUUGCUUUAUUAUAAAGGAAAAUAAGCUUAAGAAUUUCCUGAGCGCUCUGUUCUCAGUAGCAGGAUUUCUAAGAAGAGGAACCUUGUCCAUUCUGUCAGACUAAGAUGAUUGUAAAAAACUAUGGAUUUUUUACUGAUGAGAUUUAAUCCUCAAAUGUAUUUUUACAGUAUACACUUUGUAAUGUUUACCAAAAACUUCAUGUUAAAGCAAACCCUUUAAUUCUUAAGAUUUUUGUGUAGAAAAUACUUCGUAGCUAGGUGAGGAACUGAAUUUUCAGUGUGCAGUAUUUUCCAGAAAAUGCUCCUGGUUUAGUGGCAGAGACUCUGAACAGCCUGAGAAGGAAGGCAUGUGUUUGUGUCACUGUGCAAUUAAAGCUACAGUGGGAAGUGAUUAUAUAUAAAAAGUAUGAUGUCUGUGAUGUCUGCUUCUGUACACCAAAUCAAUCCAUAAAUUAAUAGGAAGGCUUGCUUUGAUACCGUGGGAGGGGCACUGGUUGCAGCCAUGCAGCAGAGGUGCUGUGUUAAUUGUAGUGACUUGGCUGCUUCUGAGACCUGCUGGGACAACAUGGUACCUAAAAACUGACAUUCCCAGCCUGGGAAUGACAUUACCCAUUAAACCCAAAACUGACAUUCCCCAUUAAACCCAUUAAAACACUGAGAAUGUGCUUUGGAUUGGAUGCUCCUCUAUGGCGUGGUGGUUUAUGGCACCUACUGAAUUUGUUCUGUUGAGUUUAUUAGGUGAAGCUGUAAAGGACCCUACAGCUGUAGAAAGAGCAAAUUUAUUAAACAUGGCUAAACUGAGUAUCAAAGGACUCAUUGAAUCAGCCUUGAGCUUUGGGCGCACUCUGGAUUCUGACUACCCACCUUUGCAGCAGUUCUUUGUUGUCAUGGAGCACUGCCUGAAGCAUGGCCUGAAAGUAAGAAAAUCCUUUCUAAGUUACAAUAAAACCAUCUGGGGUCCUCUGGAACUUGUGGAGAAAUUAUAUCCAGAAGCUGAGGAAAUAGCAGCAAGUGUCAGAGAUUUGCCUGGCCUUAAGACGCCGCUGGGCCGUGCCCGGGCCUGGCUGCGGUUGGCACUGAUGCAGAAGAAAAUGGCUGAUUAUCUUCGCUGCUUAAUCAUUCAGAGAGACCUCCUCAGUGAGUUUUAUGAGUAUCACGCACUGAUGAUGGAGGAGGAAGGAGCGGUGAUUGUUGGGCUGUUAGUGGGGCUGAAUGUGAUCGAUGCCAACCUGUGUGUGAAGGGAGAAGACCUGGAUUCACAAGUUGGGGUGAUUGAUUUCUCUGUGUAUUUGAAGAGUGAUGAUGACAUUGGGGGUAAAGAAAGAAAUGUACAGAUUGCUGCGAUAUUGGACCAAAAGAAUUAUGUUGAGGAACUAAACAGGCAACUGAAUAGCACAGUUAGCAGUCUACAUGCAAGAGUUGACUCACUGGAGAAAUCAAACACUAAACUGAUUGAAGAGUUAGCAAUAGCAAAAAACAAUAUAAUUAAACUUCAGGAAGAAAACCAUCAAUUAAGGAGUGAAAAUACUCUGAUUUUAAUGAAAACACAGCAUCAUCUAGAGGCAGCCAAGGUGGACGUGGAGGCAGAGCUGCAGACGUACAAGCACUCGAGGCAGGGCUUGGAUGAGAUGUACACCGAGGCGCGCAGGCAGCUCCGCGAGGAGGCACAGCUGCGGCAGGAUAUGGAGAAUGAGCUAGUGGUUCAAGUUAGCAUGAAACAUGAGAUAGAGCUUGCCAUGAAGCUGCUGGAGAAGGAUAUCCAUGAAAAGCAGGACACCCUCAUCGGCCUGCGGCAGCAGCUUGAUGAAGUUAAAGCAAUAAACGUGGAAAUGUACCAAAAGCUGCAGGUUUCUGAAGAUGCUAUGAAAGAAAAGAAUGAAAUAAUUAGUCGAUUAGAGGAUAAGACUAAUCAAAUUAAUGCAACUAUGAAACAACUAGAACAAAGAUUGCAGCAAGCAGAGAAGGCUCAAAUGGAGGCUGAGGCCGAGGAUGAGAAACUUAAACAGGAAUAUGUGAAUAAAUCUGAAAGCCUGCAGAGCGAAUUCUCCCAGAAGGAGAAACAGCUGCUUCAGCUGGAAACAGAUUUGAAGAUAGAAAAAGAGUGGCGGCAAACCCUGGAGGAUGAUCUUCAGAAGGAAAAGGAAACUGUAUCUCAUCUGAGAACAGAGACCCAAGAAAUAGUUACCCUUAAGAAAGAGUUCCUUAAACUUCAGGAGAAGAACAAGCAGCUGAAAAGCAUAUGUGAGGACCAAGAAGCUGCUCUCCAAGAACUGGCAUCCAAGCUGAGCGAAUCAAAGCUGAAAAUAGAAGAUAUAAAAGAAGCAAACAAGGCGUUGCAGGGCCAGGUUUGGUUGAAGGACAAAGAAGCCACUCAUUGCAAGCUGUGUGAAAAGGAAUUUUCACUUUCCAAAAGGAAGCAUCACUGUAGGAACUGUGGGGAGAUCUUCUGCAAUGCCUGUUCUGACAAUGAGCUGCCUCUGCCCUCUUCGCCAAAGCCUGUCCGGGUCUGUGAUUCCUGCCAUGCAAUACUGAUACAAAGGUGCUCUUCUAACGUGCCAUAAGAUAUUUAUUCAUUCUGCUGUUUAGCUCAUCCUGUAAAAACCACCACACCAACUAAAGAAUGUACAACAGUAUUUCCAGACUUUGAGGUAAGCAGCGGGAAGUUGGAAUUUCACGGUACUGUGGACGAGUUACUUCUCUGCUUCCUCUUGAAACAAAUGGAGACAAUGGGACCCAAAUGUAGAAAAUGCACAUCUAAAAAGAAGAAAACCCCAGAAGGGUAUGUUGGUCUGCCAAAUGGCUCAGCAGGUAUUUUUUGGGAGGAAGCAGGGCAGUUUAUACAGGAGACUCAGUGUUAAUGUGUAUUGGAUCAAUAUUUUAGUUGUUAGGAUGAUCUAGAGAAAGGUGAUACUCUUACAGGCUGGUGUGCCACAAGUCCAACCUAAUCCUGUGCCUGUGACAGGCUGUUGUGAAGCAAAACCCUGCAGUAGCUGGUUUUAAACUGUACUGGGACAAAGUAUGGCAACGAAUGCAGUGGCCUGAGAAGUUGUUGCCAAGUACCGUGUGUUCGUUUACUUCUCUGCGUUAGCAGGAGUUGGUACAGCCCAGAACAUCCCGGAACAUGGCACUGCAGCUGUUCUGUGCUGUCCCAGUGUGAGGGGAGCUGUGCUCAGCCAGGGAACAAACAGUGCCUCGGGGCACUUCCUGAAGGAAGGUGUGUUUUGCUGAAUGACUUGUUGACAUGAACUGUUAAUUUGAUAUUUCUGUGUUUCCACUGAAAGAGAGCUGUUCGGCACAGAUCUCUUCUCUGACAUUGUCUGUAACCUUGAACAAGUCUCUGCAUCAUUUUCAUGCAAGUCAUGCUCUCAAGCUUGUACCUGUAGUCACUGCAUAGCUCUAGAAACCACCUAGAAAGACUGGGAUUAAAUGCUGGGGAUCACGUCCUUUCUGUGCUGCACGGGGAGGUUCUUCCUUAUUUUGUCACCAUCUUUUUCAAACCUUCAGAGCUGGUUCCUAAACUUCAUUGUCUUGCAGAGCACUUUUGAGCCUUUCUGAGUCUACCCACUCUUGUCACUGAUGGUAACUUUUGUUAGAAUGUAAGAUCCUUGUUCAUUCCAUAGGCAAAUAGAAGUAAUAUCCUUGGAUAAACUGCCCUCACUUCCAGCUCACUGCACUGCACCCUCCUCCCCUUCAGCCACUGCUGGCCUGGGCUCCAGCCCUGGCCCCUCCAGAAUUACCAGCCCUGUAGUUCCUUCAGCCGUGGGCUUGGAGUAGCACUGCUGGCAGCAAAAGGGAGGCUGCAAACAGGUCUUUUAGCUGUCCUUGCACUUUGUCUAGCUUGGCUUUUUCUCCGAGGACAGGGAUUUAGUGAAUAUCCUAAAAGCGACACAUAGCUAUUCUUUUUAACACCUCAGUGUAGUUGCUUAUGUAGCUUUUGUAAAGAAAAAUGUUUUUAAAAUGACCUGGUGUAACUUUUUGUAAAAUACCACACAAAUACUUGUAAAUCUGUAAAUAACUUUUGGAAAAAAAUAAAUUUAAGUUAUCUGAGAAUAAUGUCACUUAAACUUGUAACUGAGAGUAUUUUACUUUAUUAAGUUCAAGUUGCUUAGAAAGCCUUUGCCUGUGCUGGGGAGUGGGGUACCCUGCCACAGACACAAUCAGGUACUGCUCAUGGGCUUCCUGAGAGUUUCCAGGGGGGCUUUCAUGGGGCAGGAAUGGAGGCAGCCAGGUUUGAUGCAGGACAGAGACGGCAGGAUAAAGCUAAUCUGUAUUGCUUUAAUAAAUAACUUGUGAGAAGGGUUGCAACUAAACAGAAAUAAUUUAAAAUAGGCAAUCUUUUAAAACAAGAAUAUAGUGCAUUUCUGUAACGUGCAAUUAAUUAAUUUAUUACUUAACUGCCAUCUUUUCCUCCCCUCUGUGCUGUUCUGUUUACAUAGGAAAAGUGUAUAAUAUUCAGAUUGCUGUUACUGACUGCAGGGAAGACUUCUGCCUUGAACAGAGUGAAUGCUGGAUGUUCCAUAUGGUUUCAUUUCCCUUGGAAAUGAACUACAUACCUGGUCUGCUUUUAAGGUUUCUGGGCACUGCUGUGACUAAUGCUGCAUUUCUGUCUUUCUGUAAAACCCUGCUCUUGAUUCUAAGUCCGAAGAGCACAGGAAGAGGUGUGGGGUACCCACAAGAACCCGGAACUGUCAGACAGGAUCAGAGCAGCAUUUUAAUCCUUUUGGGAAACGAAGCCACUUCUGCCUUGCUGCUCGGGGGGCGUUCGCCAGCCCCAGAGUCAAUCCCACGUUCCUCGCGCUCCUCCCCGCGCAGGGCUCGGCCAGGCUCAGUGCCCGUGUCUGCUCUGCCCGCCAGGGGAGCCCCGGCAGCCCUGACGGGCCCGGUGCUGCCCGGCAGGAGCCGCGGCCGCAGCUGCCAGGGCGCGCCGGGGCUGCAGCGCUCCGGGCCCCGGGAGCGGGCCCCGCUCCGCUGCCGGCUCUGAACGGUUCCUGUGCCGCUCAGUGCUGCUGCUGGGAGCGGAGGGCCAGGGCUGAGCGCCGCUCUCGAUGCGGGUGAAGGGACAGGACGGGCACAAGGGACCCGUGUCCUGCACGCUCGCUGGCUGGGGCUGAGGUGAGCGGGCGCUGCAGCUUGCCCCAAGCACAGCCCCAGCCCGCUCCCCGCAGGCCAGGCCCGGGCAGCUGUCGCUCCUUCUCCCGCAGUGGAGCCGCAGGCGGUGCCGGGUGAGGAGGCGCUGCGGAGCCGCAGCAUGCCGCUCUCUGCCGUGCCCAUGCCAACAGGCUCCCGCAAGUGCACCUUUCCUCCACCUCACUCUAAGGGACUUCUGCAAUUGAGUUAACGCUGGUGCUACCACUGCCACUUGGGAAACACCGCAGCGUUGCUGGCAACAGACCAAGAACCCCUAACUCUGCAGAGCAACAAUGGGUCAAGUGGUUAAGAACUCAUUUUCCCUCCCCUUCCUAGCCAACGUUGCUCCAGUGCUUGGAAAGCUUCCUGUGCCAGUUACCCUUUUCAGCUUUUCCACUCCCUUUGACACCCAGACACAUUCUCUGGUGAAAUAAACUCCAUUCUCCUCUCUCCCACAAGAAGACAUUUAUUACAGAUAGAACACAGUACUAGCAAAACAGGUGACAGACUUGCAAUACCCAAGAUCACAUUUGACAUUUUAAGGGAGGCAUUGAGGACAAAGCAGGUAAUUUGGGAGAUCACACUGGCUCAGAAGAAUAAAUACCUUUUUCCAUUACACAUCAGGUAUGUUAAGUGUCUUCAAACAAUAAGCUUCUUACAUAUCUUACAUGUCACAAACGCACAAAAAGUUUUAUCAACGUGGUUGGGUUGCGUGUUACUGAAAAGGUAUUGGGCCUAUAGAGAUUUUAGAGAUCUUGGCUUCGAAUGAGCUCCUAUGUAGAAUGGCUCGGCAAACUUUGAACAAAUACAGACAAAUCGGCUCUGCGCAGUGAAAAAAAUGCUGAACCAUGUUUAAAUACAAUAAAUUCAAGAAAGAAAAGAAGUAACUUGCUUCCAAAUCCCCCACUCUUCCUAAAACCAUGUUCGUGAAAAAAAUACGAAGUAAAAAGCAUCAAAUGAACUAGUAUUUGACCUAGGUCAUGUUAGCUAAAAGCUGUGCUGCCGUUCCAGUCAGACUUGCAGGUUACAUGUGUGAAACGCAGGCUCUGAACACUACAGCAAGGUGGAAAGAAACGUGGCUGCUGGGUGUUGUGGAGGCAGAAAGGGGGUGCAGCUGCUGGGGGGUGCUGGCAGCAGGAGGAAGAAGCUGGAACAAUGACUGAGCCUCCACAGCUUUCUGCUGCGGUGCAGUUACUACAUACAACUUACCAAAAGGGUUUAGGAAAGUAAUUACCAAAUAAA